AUGGCUCCCAAGGUUGCAAGAGGUAGAGGCACGGGAAAAGGAAAAAACAUAGAAGAAAAUACUUUGUUUGAUAUUCUUGAUGAAGAUAAUAAGGAAUUCUUUGAUGAUAAAUGUCGCAGAAGAAUUGUGAAAAAACAAAAUUUCUACAAAGUUAGAACAACUGAAGAACUACACCUUCCAGAGGUUUUGAGGAUGUUGAGGUUGAACCACAAGAGGACACUCAUAUGGAAGAUGCUGAUUAUGAAGAUGAUGAGGCUUGAUUUAGUGCUAUUGCAUCCCAAUAGAUCAACCAUGGGCAACCAUGGGGUGGACAUUGGAAAUAAUUCUGAAGUUGUCACCAUGCUUCAAAACAUGCAGCUGCAACAAAAUCCGCGAUAUGAAGAGGAAUUGCAAUGGCGAGCUGAUUUUGAGACUGCUCAAAAUAAAUGA